AUGGACGGACUCAAAAGAACAUUCGCACAAUGCAAGAAAGAGGAAAGACCUGCCCUUGUGACAUAUGUUACGGCUGGAUUCCCUACUGCUGCUGAGACGGUUGAGGUGCUACUUGGCAUGGAAGCUGGCGGUGCAGAUGUUAUUGAGCUUGGUUUACCAUUUACGGACCCAAUUGCAGACGGACCUACCAUUCAAAAAUCGAAUACUAUUGCUCUCAAAAAUGGAGUCACUGUCGAAUCAACUCUUCAGAUGGUCCGAGAGGCUCGAAAGAAGGGAUUAAAAGCUCCCGUGCUGUUUAUGGGAUACUACAACCCUAUGCUGAGCUAUGGCGAAGAGAGACUGUUGAAAGACUGUAGCGAAGCGGGUGUCAAUGGCUUCAUUGUCGUUGAUCUGCCACCCGAGGAGGCUGUUACAUUUAGGAAUUUCUGUACAAAGGGAGGGCUAUCAUACGUUCCUCUUAUCGCCCCAUCUACCUCUGAGUCUCGGAUGAAGCUACUCUGCAAGCUUGCCGACUCUUUUAUAUAUGUCGUCUCUAGGAUGGGUGUCACUGGCGCCACUGGAGGGACGAUGAAUACACAAUUACCUGAUCUUUUGAAACGAGUCAAGGAGUACUCAGGUGACAAACCUGCUGCUGUUGGCUUUGGUGUUAGCACAAGAGAUCAUUUCUUGAGUGUUGCCAAGAUCGCUGAUGGUGUAGUCAUUGGGAGUCAAAUUAUCACCACUCUGGCAGACGCUCCAGCCGGCCAAGGUGCGAAAGCUGUAGAGGAAUAUUGUGCCACAGUCUGCGGCCGACGAAAUGUUCCCAACGGUGGUCUCACUCGAGAAGUUGGUAUCAUCGAGACGAUGCAUGAAGCAAAAGAGCCCACCGAUGUCCACGUGGAUGGUGUUAUCCGCGAAACUGGACAUGGUGUCGGUCUGGUAGAUCAGAUUGAGGCCCUGAACACCGAUGGCCCAGUUGAUCCAGCUGCUGUCCCAGCAAGAUUUGGCGAGUUUGGUGGACAAUAUGUCCCCGAAUCACUGAUGGACUGUUUAUCCGAGCUCGAAGAGGGAUUCAACAAGAUCAAAGAUGAUCCCGCCUUUUGGGAAGAGUACCGAACAUAUUACCCCUGGAUGGGACGACCCGGCCAGCUACACAUGGCUGAGAGACUAACCGAGCACGCCGGUGGAGCCAACAUCUGGUUAAAGCGAGAAGAUCUAAAUCAUACCGGAAGUCACAAGAUUAACAACGCCCUCGGCCAAAUUCUCCUCGCCCGAAGACUAGGUAAGACCGAGAUCAUUGCCGAGACAGGAGCUGGCCAGCACGGCGUAGCAACUGCUACAGUCUGCGCAAAAUUCGGCAUGAAAUGCACCAUCUACAUGGGAGCUGAAGACGUCCGUCGCCAAGCCCUCAACGUCUUCCGCAUCAAACUUCUUGGCGCCUCAGUCAUCGCUGUCGAAGCCGGGUCCCGCACGCUCCGCGAUGCCGUCAACGAAGCUAUGCGCGCCUGGGUCGUCAAGCUCGACACAACGCACUAUAUCAUCGGAUCCGCCAUCGGCCCUCACCCGUUCCCAACCAUCGUCCGUACAUUCCAGUCCGUCAUCGGCAACGAGACCAGGGCUCAGAUGCUUGAGAAGCGCGGGAAGUUGCCGGAUGCGGUCGUUGCUUGUGUAGGUGGUGGAUCUAAUGCCGUCGGGAUGUUUUAUCCAUUCAGCAAGGACCCAAGUGUGAAAUUACUAGGUGUAGAAGCUGCUGGCGAUGGGCUGGAUACAGCGCGCCACUCUGCAACCCUCACCGGUGGCACCAAAGGUGUUCUCCACGGCGUCCGUACCUACGUCCUUCAAGACCGCCACGGUCAAAUCCAAGACACGCAUUCCGUAUCCGCCGGCCUCGAUUACCCCGGUGUCGGCCCCGAGCUCUCGAAUUGGAAAGACAGCGAGCGCGCGAAGUUCAUCGCCGCUACUGAUGUCGAGGCGUUUAUUGGGUUCAGGCUGAUUUCUCAAUUGGAGGGCAUUAUCCCGGCGUUGGAGACGGCGCAUGCCAUAUUUGGGGCGGUGGAGUUGGCGAAGACGAUGGAGAAGGGGCAAGAUAUCGUUAUUUGUGUUAGUGGCAGGGGAGAUAAGGAUGUGCAGAGUGUUGCGGAUGAGUUGCCUGUUCUAGGGCCGAAAAUUGGGUGGGAUUUGAGAUUUUAA